AUGCAGGAUCACUAUAUUGGUAUCGAUGUAGGCACUGGUUCCGCUCGUGCUUGUCUAAUAGACUCGUCCGGAGACAUUAAGGCCCUGGCCUCGGAGGCUAUCAAGCUAUGGCAGCCACAAGUAGGCUACUAUGAGCAAUCGACUACCGAUAUCUGGCACUGCAUUUGCCAUUGCGUUCAGCGCGUCGUACACCAGUCUGGAGUUGACGUCGACUCCAUCAAGGGAAUUGGAUUCGACGCUACUUGCUCCCUAGCAGUCUUCUCCGAAGAUGAUGACCUACCCGUCACAGUUACCGGCCCAGACUUUGAGAACGAUGGCCACGACCGAAACGUCAUUCUUUGGCUGGACCACCGUCCCGUCCAAGAGACCGAGAAGAUCAACGGCACCGGCCACAACCUACUACGCUACGUUGGAGGCAAGAUGAGCAUUGAGAUGGAGAUCCCUAAAGUACUAUGGCUGAAGAACAACAUGCCCCCAGAGCUUUUCAGCCGUUGCAAGUUCUACGACUUGUCGGAUGCGUUGACUCACUUAGCCACGGGCAAUGAGAAUCGAAGCUUCUGCAGCACUGUAUGCAAACAGGGUUACGUCCCAGUAGGUGUAGAUGGGAGUGAGAAGGGCUGGCAAGAGGACUUUUUCAAUGAGAUUGGGCUAGGAGAUCUAGCUAAAGACAACUUCAGGCGCAUGGGUGGAGUAAAUGGAGUGAAUGGUAAAUACUUUAGUGCUGGCGAGCUUGUCGGCCACCUAUCCGAAAACGCUAGUAAGCAACUAGGUCUGCCCGCUGGCAUCGCGGUAGGUAGCGGUGUCAUCGAUGCUUAUGCUGGUUGGGUUGGUACUGUAGGAGCAAAGGUCGACACUGAAUAUGGUCAUUCCGACGAGAGCGCUCCCGCGAACGACCUUGCCCAAGCCUCUACUCGGCUUGCUGCCGUAGCUGGUACAUCUACUUGCCAUCUUGCCAUGUCCGAGAAGCCUGUAUUCGUAAAUGGAGUAUGGGGACCUUACCGUGACGUACUCUUGCCUAAUUAUUGGUUAGCAGAGGGCGGUCAGUCGGCCACGGGUGAGCUUCUAAGGCACGUCAUAGAGACGCAUCCAGCGCACAAAGAAGUGAUACCUCUUGCUGAAGCUAUGCAUAUGAACAUUUAUGAUUACAUGAAUGGCCAUCUUAGGGAGCUGGCUGAGAAGACUAGUGCUCCCACAGUCUCCUACCUUGGCCGACACUUCUUCUUCUACGGCGACUUAUGGGGUAACCGGUCGCCUAUUGCGGAUCCUAACAUGAAGGGUGCGGUGAUCGGGCUCAGUCCAGACUCUAGCGUGGACGGCCUUGCACUAUACUACUAUGCUACAAUGGAGUUUAUUGCCCUGCAAACACGACAAAUCAUCGAAGCCAUGAAUACUGCUGGUCACAACAUUCAGACCAUCUUCAUGUCCGGCAGCCAGUGCCAGAAUGAUAUGCUCAUGGAUCUCAUUGCAACGGUCUGCAGCAAGCCGGUACUAAUUCCCCGUUACGUCCACGCUGCUGUGGUACAUGGAGCAGCCAUGCUUGGUGCGAAGGCAGCGAGCGGAGAUGGCGAAGGAAAGACGGAGAACCUGUGGACCAUCAUGGAUCGCAUGAGCAAACCUGGCCGGCUCGUUAAGCCCGGGACCGAUGCCAACGAGCAAAAGCUCUUUGAUGCCAAGUACGAAGUCUUCCUAGAACAGUGCCCGAAACCGGCGGGGCAGGCUUCUGGAAGCAGUCUGUUUGGAGGAAGCCUCAAUCCAACAGCCAACACAGCUACUGGCCAACCUGCUCAGUCUACCCAGUCUACCUCUUCUCUAUUUGGACGCCCUACGCAGCAAACUACACAGCAACCCCAACUCGGAAGUAGCUUGUUUGGUGCUACCUCCAAUCAAACGCAACAACAACAACCUCAGCAAGCUCAAGGUACCAGUCCAUUCUCCAACCUUGGUGGCGCGACAUCGAACACUCAACAAUCUCGACCAGGAGGUCUAUUCGGUUCGCUCAACACAGCACAACCUCAAACACCUCAGCAGCCACAGCAGCAGCAACAACAACUCCAGCAAAGAAGUAUGUUUGGCGCGACUCUGCAGAACCAGCAGCCUGCUGGCGGCCUUGGCUUUGGUCUUGGACAAUCUACGAAUAACCUACCUCAAGGAACCUCGUCUAUCCUCGGAAAUAGCCAGCUCAAUGCCAGCACGUUGCCGCAGGGCAAUACUACAGGUUACUUCGACAGCCUCCUCUCGAAGAGCAAGAAACAAGGAAGCGAUCAGUCUCCCCUCGAAGACCUUCCCAGCCUUCAGCUUGGCUUGGGAGAUCUUCGCCAACGUCUUCGAAAGCUUGGCCCGCGAGCCGAUCCUGUAGCCCAUGACAAAGCUCGAUACAUUCUCGCGGCUUCUGGUGUCGAGCCAGCAGCAGCCGUCAGAGACUUAAACGACUUCGACGUUCGAAUCGGAGGCCGCGUCGAACGACCUGCGCCCGCCCCCGCUGCCUCAGAUAUCGACGUCGAUGCCUAUCUCUCGAACAUCCAGAAGAAAACGACCUUGAGCAUGAUCGCUGAUGGCUUGGAAAGAUCGGCUAGGGACUUCGAUAAUUUCCUCGAAGACAACAUCAACAUGGAGUGGGAGGCUCAGAGGAAGAGAAUCUACGAACACUUCGGUAUUAAGACUAAAGAUGAUGGACCUGCGGAAGGACAACCCGCAGCCACUGGCAGAGAGUCACAUGCAGGCUUUGGCCGAUCGCGACGAACAGCUAAGGCCGCGCGAUCUACAGCGCCUGGCAUCAAGGCUAGCUCAUUUGGUCGAUCAAACCUUCAGAAGUCAGUCAUUGGCACUCCCAGCAAGAUUGGUUCUCACCAGUCCGAAUUCACGGACGUCCAGGAGACGGCAGGAAGCCCGGGUGCUCUGAACGGUGCUGCUUCGUUCGAUGAUCGAUUUCUUAGGGAGAAGCAAGGUAGACUCGCGGAACGUGUCCGCCAGCUCAACCAUGCCCGCAUCGAGAAGCAACCGUACCCUAUCCUACAUGAGCUCGCGCAAGUGGCCGGCAGUUCUGGCGAUAGACACGCCCAGCAACUGGUCGAUGCUUAUCAUGCUGCUAUGGCUAUCGUAGGAGAGAACCCGGAAGCAGAGACCUUCGCGGGGGAUGCUACGGCCAAAGAACGCCAAUAUAAGGACAAAUACUUGGAUCCGAAUGACAAGUCCCCGGGCUCGGUAGAAAUGAGGAAACGCAUUCUCAAUGGGGCCAAUUCCUUCUUGGAGGGCAAGUUCUUCCAAGAGGUCGAGAGUCUCAUCGCCAAACACCCCCGGGAAGCUAACUUGGGCGGUCGUCCGGACGUGAUCAGUAAGAUCAAGGCAUACGUUCGAUUACGGAACACGAGGAAGAAUCUCGUACCCGAUAAUAUCGAAUUACAGUCAGUCGAUGGGGAGUACGUCUGGGCUAUCGUGUUCUACCUCCUCCGGUCCGGAAAGGUUGUUGAGGCAGCUGAUUAUGUCAAGACUCAAUCUACUACAUUCAGGAGCAUCGACCGCACCUUCGCGUCAUACCUCCUCGAGUAUGUGAUACAGGAUCGUUGUAACAACGAAUAUAACCAAAGAGCUCGCAAUGCGCCGGAGAAUUCUAUCGACCCAUUCCGCAUGGCGUGCUACAAGAUUGUGGGCCGUUGCGACAUCGAGGACUGGAUAUGGCUCCAGUUCAACCUGGCUCGUGAAAACGACAAGGCAACAGAAGUGGCUGCUGAGUCGUACGGAUUACAGGACCUGCGAACGAGUAUACGGGAAAUUGAUGAUAACGGCUCUUUUGGCAUGUACUUCUUCCUCCAGAUCCUUUCGGGAAUGUUUGAGCAGGCCAUCGCAUACCUUUACGCCUUUUCCUACGUGGAUGCGAUCCAUUUCUCUAUCGCUCUUGAAUAUUACGGUCUUAUACGUCCCGCGGACCCCUGGACUACUGCUGACUCCCUUUUAUCACACGAUACCCGUUCAAGACCACAGCUAAGCUUUGGUCGUAUGCUGGGAUACUACACGCGCGAUUUCCGUGCCGCCGACGUCGCCUCUGCGGUCGAUUAUCUCACAUUAAUCUGUCUCAAUGCCGAUCUAGGCGGCGAGGCGGGACGACAGCAGGCAGAGCUUUGUCACGUAGCUCUGCGGGAGCUCAUCUUGGAGAGCAGGGAGUUCAGCAAACUCAUCGGCGACAUCCGGCCGGACGGACACCGAAUUACGGGUCUAGAAGACGACUUCGUCAAGACGGUCACGUUACAAGCGGCCCGGUUCGCUGACGACAACGGCCGAACAACGGAUGCGGUGUUGUUGUACCAUCUCGCUGCUGACUACGACAGCGUAGUAACCAUAAUUGGCGAGGAUCCUAUGCGUCUUAUGCCAGCGCAACCAGGCAGUAGUUUGAGCUUGGCAUCCAUCGAUGAUCCCAUCCAACUCGCCAUGACGAUGAUGUCGAUGUACGAGAAGGACGCCAUGUUCUACACGAAGAUCGAAGACCAGAACCGGAUUGCUUGCCACAUCCUCCUACAGAUGAGCGACAUCAAGGCCUUGGUUGAGGGUAGUCAGUGGCCCGAAGCCCUGGACAAAAUUCGGGCGCUCGAGAUCCUACCCCUCGAUGCUAAUGGCGAUCCAACGAGAAUCAGACAUUACGCCGCUACGUUCUCGGGACUGUCGCAAACAGUUGCCAUUAAUGUACCUAACUUACUGAUGUGGACGAUCACGUGUUGCAUUCGACAGAGGGAACGACUCAUGAGCGGACAGUUCAGUGGCAACGAGGGUACUCGGCGGAUGAUGUGCGAUAACCUCAAGCAGAUCAGCAUGGACUUGACAACGUAUACAAGCCAGCUGAGAUACCGGUUCCCACCACACCUUCACGAAGCUCUUGCAAGGGCUUCCGCGGACUAG